AUGUUCCGUCCAAGCGCUCGAAUCUUCCGCCAGGCGGCCACCGCGACAACGGCAGCAGCUCCCCUCCGACGAGCACCGCACCCCUCCCUCCACCUCUCCAGCGCAGUUGCAAAGGCCCUCUCGCCCACCGCUCCGCAUCCUCUUGUCGCUCUCGAGUCGACCAUCAUCACCCAUGGCCUGCCCUACCCGUACAACCUCGACGUCGCCCUCGAGCUAGAGGCCGUCGUCCGCGACAACGGCGCCGUGCCCGCAACCAUUGCGCUGCUCGACGGAAGGCCGCUCGUAGGCCUCGAGGACGCAGACCUCCAGCGACUUGCAAAGUGCGCAGAGGACCCGGCAAAGAAUACGGCCAUCAAGGCAAGCAGGAGGGACAUCAGCCACGUCCUCGCAAAGGGUCAGGGAGCCGUAGGCGGAACCACCGUCAGCGGCACCAUGGUCCUGGCCCACAUGGCUGGCAUCGAGAUCUUUGCGACUGGCGGCAUCGGUGGUGUCCACCGCGGCGGAGAGGCUUCGCUCGAUGUCUCGGCCGACCUCACAGAGCUGGGCCGCACGCCCGUCUCGGUCUUCUGCUCCGGCCCCAAAUCGAUUCUCGACAUCCCGCGCACGCUCGAGGUCCUCGAGACCAACGGCGUCUCGGUCCAGACCUUCAACCCGUCGGGCGAGUUCCCAGCGUUCUACACCUCGUCUUCGGGCCUCCACGUUCCCUACGUCGGCAGCACGUCGCAGGCGGCCGCUUCGAUCCUGAUCAACUCUCAGCUCGCGCUGGGCAGUGGACAGGUAUUUGGCGUGCCGAUUCCGUCGUCGUUCGAGGCCGUUGGCAACGAGAUUCAGAAGAAUGUCGAGAUCGCCGUUCGCGAGUCGGUCGAGCAGGGCAUCGACAGGCGCGGCAAGGAGGCCACGCCCUGGCUGCUCAAGCGCCUCGCCCAGCUGAUCCCCGAGAGCAAGGAGAGCAACCGGGCGCUCGUCGUCAACAACGCCAAGGUGGCGGCCCAGGUGGCGGCCGAGAUGGAGCGCAUGCGCGCCGACUUUGAGAUGGGACGGAACACCUACAGCUUCGGCGGCGUCAGCGGCAGCUCUGAAGCUUCGGCUGGCAGCGGCAUCAUGAUCUUUGGCGCGGCGGCCAUCGACGUGACGUCGCAAGCCUCCUCGUCAAGCUCGCACACGCAGCGCGCCGCGACGACCUACCCGGGUCGAGUUGGCGUCUCUCUGGGCGGAGUAUCGCGCAACGUGGCCGAAGCGGUGCACAAGGUCCUGGCAUCGCCCGCGUUGCCGUCUUCGAGCCGAGCGGCGGUCAAACUCGUCUCGCCGCGGGGCGACGAUGCGUUUGGCAGUCUACUCGAGGGAGGGAUGAAGGAGCUGGGGAUGCGCACCGAUGGGCUCUUUGUGGUCCGCGAUAGGGACGAGAGGACGGCGGUGUGCAGCCUCACGCUCGAUGAUCAGGGGGACCUGAUGAGCGGCGUGGCGGACAUGGAUAUCGGUACGAGGUACCUCGUCCCCACUUCAUCUGCGGCGCAUGGGGACAAGGAGCGCGAGGUGGUCGAGUACCUCACGGCGAACCGGCCUCGCAUCGUCGCAUUCGACGGCAACCUCGGAUCGACUCAGAUCCACCGCCUACUGUCCGGAAUCGAGGAGUACAACAGCCGGAGCAGCAGCCCGUCGUUUCCAUCUAUCACGACAGUGUUUGAACCCACCAGCCUGGCAAAGUCGACGACGGUCCUCGACGCCCUUUCCCGCCUCUCGUCGCCGGACUCGUCCUCGGCACCUUUGGUGGGGAUCGCGACGCCCAACGUCCUCGAACUGUCCCACAUGCAUCGGCGCGCCCUCUCGCUCGGUCUCUUUGCACCUCCGACGCAGGAAGACAUUGAAGUGACGAGCCAGAUGCGCUCCUACCUCGCCCUACCAGCCUUCAUCACGGCCGAGGUGCUGGACCAGGCCAUGUCGUUCCUUUCCUCCUCGCUCUUCAACACCCUCCUCGUCAAGUUCGGAUCCAAGGGUGUCCUCUCCCUCUCCAGGGCAAACGGGAUCGUCAACGUCAAGCACCACGUCGCCACCAAGCUCCCGACCUCGGCUGGCCUCAACACGACGGGCGCGGGCGACAGCUUCGCGGGCGGCGUCAUCGCUGGGCUGCACACCAUCCUCGCCCAGCGUGCAUCGGCGAGCAUCGAGACGCUGACCGAACAGGACCUCGACAAGGUCGUCCUCCUCGGCCAGAUGACGGCCGCCCGGAGCCUCGUCUCCCCCAACGCCAUCGGAUCGCAGCUCGACACCCUCAUCGCAAAGGCUGGGCUCGUCGAUGCUUAG